CUGCUCUUCUUCUUCUGCGAUGAGCAUUCCCAGCGCAGUAUUACUCCAUACCUAUCGUUUUUCGAUGUCGUGUGCGCUCAGCAGGCUGAUGUACAAUAGAAUCUAAGUUUCUCGAGUUCUAACUGAGAAUAGAACAAACAACGUUUCAUAUUUGCCAAAUUCACAGCAUUGUUAAGUUUUGAAAAAGUUUCAUCACACAAUACACACAUCCAUAAGGAGACCGGCACGAUGGCGAUGACUCUGAACAUUGGCUCGGUGAAGCUGACUAAGUGGCAGCUGGCGCUCAUCAUUGGAACUCCCUUAGCUAUCGGACUGGGCACCUACGCUGUGCAGCGCUGGACGGCUGGGCCCAAGGAGGUUGACGGGGAGAAUAAGCGACGAAAGGCCAAGAUCGAGAAGCAGGCCAUCUCCCUAGACGGCACCGCCCCGGACAAGGAGCUGGAGCGCAAUCAGAAGUCCGCCGAGCUGGGCGAGAAGCUGUCGCCUCUGAAGGAGGCCAACAACUACAAGACGGAGGGCAACAACUGCUACCGGAAUGGAAAGUAUGACGAGGCCAUCAUAUUCUACGACAAGGCCAUCGACAAGUGUCCCAAGGAGCACCGCACUGACAUGGCCAUCUUCUACCAGAAUCGCGCCGCUUCUUACGAGAUGCUCAAGAAGUGGUCCAAGGUCAAGGAGGACUGCACAGCCUCGCUGGAGUUCAACCCUCGCUACGCCAAGGCAUAUUAUCGUCGUGCCCGGGCUCAUGAGGCCACCAAGGAUAUGAACGAUUGCCUGGACGAUGUCACAGCCACCUGUAUCCUGGAGAUGUUCCAGAACAAUCAAACAAUCAUGUUUGCUGACCGUGUGCUCAAGGAGACCGGCCGAGUGGACGCCGAGAAGGGUAUGCGCGAUCGGGUGCCUGUUGUGCCGUCUGCUUGCUUCGUAAACACCUAUACGCGUUCCUUCAUCGCGGAUCCGCUGCAGACCAUGGAAGUCCCGGUGUCCUCUAAGUCGGACGCACCCCCAAAGGGUUUCCUGCGCGCCCACCGUGCUUUCCUCGAGGAGAAGUACGAGGAAAUCAUUCCCGCCUGCACCGAAGAGAUCGAAUCCUCCGAGGCCGAAGCGCAGUACAAAGUAGAGGCUCUGCUUUUGCGGGGAACUUUCCACCUUCUCUGCGGCUCCUACACAGAAAGCCAGCAGGACUUUGAUGCCAUUUUGGCAAAUGCCGAUGCUGAUCCAAAUUUGCGCGCUUAUGCCUACAUAAAGCGAGCAGCUCUCUUCAUCCAGCUGGAUCAGCGCGAUAAGUGUCUAGCCGAUUUUGAUGAGGCGGAACGCCUGAACCCAGAGAACCCAGAUGUGUACCACCAGCGCGCUCAGAUACUUCUGCUGCUGGAGCAGAUUGGACCCGCCUUGGCUGAGUUCGAAAAGGCAGUGCGCAUUGCACCCAACCACGCCAUCGCCCUCGUCCAGAAGUGCUAUGCCGAGUACCGACUAUCCCUUCUGGCCGGCGAUGAACGGCGCUUGGAGAGCGUAAUGCACAACUUCCAAAAUGCCAUCGAGCGGUUCCCGAGCUGCGUUGAGUGUUACAGUUUAAUGGCUCAGAUGUUGGCCGACCAGCAACAGUUUUCCCAGGCGCAGGAAUACUACACGAAGGCCAUGAAAUUGGCGCCGACGAAUCCCGCACUUAUCGUUCACCAAGCCAUCAUGGUGCUUCAGUGGCGCGGAGACAUUGAGGUGGCUGUCCAGCUGCUCAACAAGGCGAUCGAAGUAGAUCCCAAAUGCGAGCUGGCCUACGAGACACUCGGAACCGUCGAAGUGCAGCGAGCGCAACUUCAGCGGGCCGUCGAGCUGUUUGAAAAGGCACUGCUUUAUGCCAAGAGCCAGGCGGAGUUGGUGCACGUCUACUCGCUGCGCAACGCGGCAGUGGCCCAAAUCAACGUCACCAAAAAGCUGGGUAUCGACAUGAACUCGGUGUCGGCAAUGGCCCAAUCCGGUUUAAUGCCCCAAGGCGUUGCAUAGAGUAUAGAACCGGUGUGUUGGGAUUGAUAGCCCGAGGAAUAGGAGAGCGAGUGCGGAGCAUUUAGAGAGACGACCACCAGCAGUCCUACACUAAUUAAGUUAAUAUCGACCAUACCUGUUAUUUAUAUAUAUAUAAAGCUUGUUUACGUUUAUGCUCCUAGCUUUAGCAUAGAAAUUGUCAUGUAUUAUGGUACAUAUGUAAUCUAGAAUCUGUUGCCUAAGGAAUCCACUAAGACAAAUCCAGUAGCUUAUGUUUAAGCGUAAUAUUAAACUAACAACAAGCAAG